CGGCGCUCGGCGGCUGGGCCGCUGUGCUGCGGCCGGAGCGGCCCCUGCCCCGUCCCGGCGCUCGGCGCUGGGCUGUGCCGCCGGCUCCGUUACAUAACGUCACCUGUGGUACCUGGGCCGCCCUCGUGUCGCGCCGGCGGGCUGGCGGUCGCUUCUGAGGGCAGCGGCCCUGGGGGUGGAUUCGUGGGCUUGUGGAUCCUCCUGGCGCCGGGAGAGCCUCCGGAACCCCACAGCCGAGAGUGGCAGCUGGGAAGUGGCAUCGCUGUCUUCUGCUUUUUCCUCGGGCAGAGCUGAUGAGUGCGUGGAGAGGCAGAGGGCAAGAGGGGUGCCCGAGGUCAGCAAGCUUCGGUGCUGCACCCAGAGUCUGUGUCAGGCCGCUGCCGUCCCUUUGGGGUUUCUGGGAAGUUGCAUCUCUUGUUGCAGACCCGAGGCCUCGGUGGAGAAGCCGGUUGCCUGGCAGUACCUGCGGGAAAGGUGUGUGAAUCAACCUGUCCUCACUGAAUCAUCACUCUGAUCACACUGACUCGACAACCAGUGUAUGCCAGCGCGUGUCAGCACCAGACUGAGCUGCUCCUCAUCAGCCACAUCCUUCAGGAUUUUUUCUUAACAAAGCAACUUUGGUGGGUAAAAGAUGUGCCAUGGAAUGGUAGCACCAAAGAGCAGCACGGGACCGUCUCUUGCCUUGACAAGCCGUGGGUUAUUUCUUCUGCUAGUUAUCUUUGGUACCUUUGUCUUGGAAGCACAGGCCUCAGGUUGGCUCAGCAAAUCCAAAGGAGCUGCCUAUUGUCCCCAGCCCCCUCAGCCUGAGAAUGGGGACUACAAAUGCCACCCGAGCCCCUGCAACAACCCCCUGACUUCGGGCAGCGUCAUAGAGUAUCAGUGCAUGGAGGGCUACAUGCUGAAAGGAGAUUACAAGUACCUGACCUGCAAGAAUGGAGAGUGGAACCCAGCCAUGGAAGUCAGCUGCAGGCUCAGCCCGGAAAAGGACUCUCCUCCUGCCAUGGGAGUGCCCACGCUGUCCAUAGUGGCCUCCACAGCCAGCUCUGUCGCCCUCAUUCUGCUCUUAGUUGUGCUCUUUGUUUUGCUGCAGCCCAAGCUGAAGUCAUUCCAUCACAGCAGGCGAGACCAAGGUGUGUCUGGAGAUCAGGUGUCCAUCGUGGUGGAUGGGGUCCAGGUGGCCCUGCCAUCCUACGAGGAAGCUGUGUACGGCAGCACAGGCAGCUGCCCUCCCCCCUCGGACCCGCGGGUGCAGAUCGUGCUCUCGGAGGGCGCUGGGCACGGCGCAGCUGCAGAGGUGCAGACGCAGCAGCAGCAGCAGGACCAAGGGGCUCGAGGGAGCUUUGAGAGAGAAGAUGAAGCCCCUGGACACUCUGGACUGUGUGAAGCCAGCGGCUCUCAGCGCUCUGAAACUGUUCUUGUGCAUCAGGCUGCUACCUCGUGCUGGGUAGCUGGCGUGGCCAGCAGCAGACCCCUACACAAAGAGGCCCAGGAUUCAGAAAGCAGUGACAUCCAGAGCCUUUUGUCACUCACUUCCUCCGAGGAAUACACAGACGAUAUUCCCUUGUUGAAGGAAGCGUGAGGCCUGCUGUGGUUGUCCAGCCUUCUCGCUCUUGGAUUUCCUCCUCCUCCCCUCCCCCUGCCUUCAGGACAGAAGCACUCUGUGCAGCCUUCCCCCUCCUGGCGAGCUGUGCCCUGGAUACCUCUGAGCAGAGAGCUGAAGAUCCAAAGGACGAUGCCAGGCUGCCUCUGGGCUGCAGCGCUGGCCUCCCCCCCCGUCAGCACCAGGGGCUCAAGGAACUGAGCGGGUUUGAGCUCUGCUCUCUGCUUCCCCAGCCAGCUGUUUGACAGCAGUCUCUGCAGAGCUGCUCUUCUCUCGUGCCUUUCUCCUCCUCACACCCGCUUGUUGCAGCUUGUCAGCCUCUCUAGCCCUGCUGCUGCCCAGAGCGGGGGCUGGAGGCCCCUCGCUCCCUGGGCACAGCCACACUCAGUGUAUACCCGUGUGUAUGUCAUGUAGGCUCUUCCUCCAGCACCCUCCCUGCGGUGGGGCAGGCCGGGGGGCAGCUGGGGUGCGAUGUGUGACAGCCGCCCUGCGCAGCGGCAGCUCAGCCCCAGGGCAGGAAUGGCCCUGCCCCGUCCCAGGCUGGCCUCUGCAGCAGGCUGCUCCUGAGGGAUCACGCUUUGCCUCCUCCUCCCUCCUGUGCCCCCUGGGUGAUGCUCCCUCUCCAGAAGCUGGGGCUGCGCUUGCCCAUUAACCCACCCUCUGGGCUGUGGUCUGGUGCCAGGGCAGCUCCUGGUGUUAGGUUAUAGAAGAGCCUUGGGGAGUGGCCAGUGGUUAGCAGGGCCCAGAGAGCUUGGAGGGUGUGACUGGGUUAGCUGUGAGUUAGCCCCUUCGACCCGAGGCAUCAGGAGAGGAACCACGUUUGUGGCCUGAGUCAGCUGUGUGUCUCAAAGCCAGUGAAGGUGGUUCUGCACUGAGCCUUAGGGUCCUUUGCUCAGACCUUCAGGUACAGAUAACACUUGAGAUGUGACCUGGAGGUGGUUCAGGUGUUUGGAAACAUGAAGAGGAAGAAGGUGCCUGCAGGCAGUGAAUACCUGGGGCCGUGGCUGCAAUCCCAAAUUCCCUUCCCAGCCACGCUGGGUACCUUGGUGUUGGAGUCCUGGGUGGGCACCCUGCCAGGGGCCAGCCUGUCCUCCUGGCUGCAUGCAGCAAGGUCUGCUGGCUUAUCCUCACGGGCUUCAGCAGGCCCCUGCAGGGUUUCUAGAGCCCUUUCCUACACAGCUGUGUCUUGGUGCCAGGGCAGGCUGGCUGCGCAGACAGCAGUGCCAGAGGACACCACAGCUUAUUCCUCAGCCCAGCUUUCAAAGGCUGCUUUUGCAAGACUGAGUGCAGGGAAAAGCACAGCCCCAAACCAGAUAUACCUCUGUCCCCACAGGUCCCUGCAGCAGCUCAGCACGUGCUGGCUGCCCUCAGCAGGGUCAGGCAUUGCUCUGGGGGAUGACGAGUCCCAAAGGCACUGUGGUGGUUGUGAGGCGCUGCAGCAGGGAGGUGUGGGCUCUGCUCCGUGGGGUUGGCUUCAGCAAGCAGAGCUGGCUCCUUGGGUGCAGGUACCUUGUCAGAAGCAUCUUGAAGUAACCAGAGAAGCAUUUGCCCUGUGAGAAGCUGCUAAAUCUGUAUCUGAGUCGAAGGAGCAAAAUGUCAUGGCCUUACACAUCACGUGGCAAUGGACAGGUAAGCAGGGACGCUGCCUUUGCUGCUUUGCUUUUGCUUUGUGGUCCUCACCAUCCCCAUCCUCCCGCUCCAGGAGCGUUACAGUCACACCUGUAUGUGUGGAGUCCCUGUGGCUCAGCCCUGGCUCCUGGAGAUGGGGUCGGUGGCAGUGCCCACCCCUGUACCCUCUGCUCCCCUCCACGAGUGGCUGGUCAGCCCCAGGGCUGUGCCUGGGGUGGCAGAAGCUGCUCUUCCCUGUCCUGGGAUGUUCAUUCACUUAAAACCAGGGUGUGUGAAACUUCCUUCCCCGUUGCUCAUGUUUGCCUUGCAGUGCCACGAGGGUCUGCUACAUCCCCUCGGGGUGGUUUGGGUUGAGCCUGGCUGGUGGUGCUGUACAGCAGGGUGCCUCAGGCACUGCAGAGGGCAAAUGCUGUUGGCAGGUCUGGCGUUGAGAAAACAAGCACAGGAGUGGUUGUAUCUAACUCCUGCCUCAGAAAAGGCCUGAGCUUGAGCAAAUUGUCCUGUUCUCUGGUUGAUCAGGGCAUAUAGCAGGGGGCCAGCUGAGUGCAGUGGCCAGGCAGUGUGGCUCCUUUCCUGCUGUCUCACAGGCUCUGAGCAGGAGGACGUGCUUUCUAUGCACUUAAGGUCCUUUCUACUUCAACUGACCCUCAGCAGUCAAGGUGUAGAAGUUGGGUCCAUGCUGUGUCCUGCACAGCACGUUCCUUUUAACUGGGUGUUAGCGCUGGGUUGGUGAGAGAGGUCUCUGCUGUGCUGCCUGGUGACCCCAGCUGAUGCUCCCAGAAGAGCCUGUUCCUGCAGCAACACCCCUGGGAACAGGACCCCUGCAAGCCACAAGGCAGAGAGCAGCCUGAGGGCAUCACCUUCCUCUUGCCCACAUCCUCAGCUUCAGAGGCAGAGCUUUAGGGAGAACUCAGUUUCCCAGCCCCGUCUUUACUGAUGGGGGGCAAGGGCUGAGGCUGAGGGGUGUCCCCUGUGGGAGGCUCCUGGUGUGGUGUGUGGGCAGCUCAGGGGCUCAGCCUUGCAACAGCUCACACACUAAAUGAUCUUUUGAAUGUUUGGGUUGGAUUUUUUCCCCCCUGAUGGGGCCACAGCCUCUUUGUUUGGGUUUUUUCCUCACCUGUGUCUGGCUGAAGAGUUCAGAGGAAGGUGUGUUUACUUCCUUAACCCUCCCAGGUGCCAUCCUCAUCUCAUGCCCUGCCGUAGGUGCCAGAUCCCGGGACGCUCGGGAACGUUCAAGUGACUUAAUUCCAGUGGAAAACUAGAAACAGCACUUAAUUCACAGCUUUCUGUUACCUUUGGAGCCUGGUGGCUUACAGAUGAAAAAAGACAGGGCAUUUCAGUAAUCCAGAGUAUUAAUGUGCAAUAGAAUAACCUCCUUGUUCCCUUUGAUCACCGUGCAGCCCACUGCAGGGGUUGCAGCCUGAGCGCGGCAGAGGUGGGCGAGAGGAGCAGCGGGUGAGGCUGACAGCAGCCACGGGCAGGUCAGAGCUCAGCUGGGACUGUGUCAGAGCCUCCUGCUGGGAGAUGGGCUUGUGCAGCCUGGGUCUCAGGAGCUUGUGCCUCCCCAUGUGCAGGAAAGGUCCAAAAGAGGUCUGGAGGAGAGAGGUGCUGCAGGGUGUGAGCCCGUGGGGCUGCUGCCGAGUUAAAACUUGCUGAGUCUGUGAGGGAGAAGAACUGAAAGCAUUGUAAUCCCCAGCACCCAGGGAGCUUGCUGUGUAGAACAACAUUUACUCAGCUGCAUGCUGCUGGUUCAUCCCUUGGCUGUCACCCCUGAGGCUUCUCCUUGGCCUUUCUGAUGUGGUGAAGUGUAAUGCACCUGGAGCCUUUACUUGGCCUUUCAGCACCUGGCAAGUGGAGUGUUGGGGAGAGACGUGUUUUGGGAGGGAUGUCUGCAGAGGACUUGGGUCAGGGCUGAGGAGUGGGGCCGAGGGAGCAACUGGAAAUGGCCUGGAAGUUGUUUGCAGCUCAAAGGAAGGCAAGGAGCGGUGUGUAAGGAAGAGCUGUGGCUGAAAGCAGAGGUGUGCUGCAGGCUGAGGAGCUGACCCAUGCCCGGCCCGGCUGUGAGGAAGCUUGUGCUUUGCUGGGAUGGUUUAGCAGACACCAGCAGGCUUGCUGUGUCAAAAGCAUCUUCACCUGCAGCUGGUGGGACACACUGAGAUUUCCCUGCUGACCUUUGUAGGGCGUCUUUGCAAACCCCGAUUUCCCUGUUCUCGUAGUUGUCUAAAAACAGAUGCGGCCUCUGCCUUAUGAUCCCGUGCAGGUAACUGAUGGAAUCCCCCCUUCCUGGGCUCUGCAUAGAAAGGCAAUAAAUGCCAUCCACUUUGCACAUCCUGCCUCUCCCCCUCCUCACCCUGCAGCCCUUACCUGGGAGCUGCAGGCCGGGCGUGCCCUGUGUGAGCCCCUGGUUUGCAGCAGAGCUCCCCAGCAGCCGUGUGCUUGCCGCGACCCGCCGCAGGCACACAGCGCUUCCCCAGCCCAGGCUCCGUUUUGAGGUGUAUUUUUCUACAGCAAAGAAGCCUUUUUUUGUUGUGUUUCCCCCAGCCCUUCACCCCCCUCCUCCUGCCCUUCCACAGCAGGACAGAGCACGGCACUUGCACCCUGCCCCUGGGGCUCAGCGCUGCUUGCAGGGGACGCGCCGUCUGCCGUCCUCACGCUGCGCCUCUGCUCCUGCCCUCCAGGCCAGAGGCAGGGCCCUGGUGCAGGAUCAGCCUUUCUGGCCCUGCUCUCCAGCCUUGCCUCCUUCCCCAGGGGCAGGGAGGGGAGGUGUGUGCGGAGCGAGGCACGGGCAGGCUGCGGGGGAGCCCGGCGGCCCCUGUGCAUUCCCCUCUCUCUCCUCUCUGUGUUCCCUCUGAGCUGCACCACUGGGGUGAUGUGCAGGGUGGGACUCCCUGUGUGCGUGGGAAUCCAAAGCCAGAGCGUAACGGGUGCUGCUGAGGGCUUGCUCUGCUUUGGUGUGUGUCCUGGUGUCCUGGGCACCGCCGGGGGGUGAAGACGGGGUUUUAAUAUUUGUACAAAGUUUAAUUUAAUUGUUCUAUGUAUAUAACUGCAUUUCUAAAUUAAAAAGGAAACAUUUCUUUUGAAGUGAA